AUGGGAAACUCGCCUUCCGCCAGCGCUGCUGAUGAUAACGUAGCCAUUGGGAAACCAACCAGACGUCCGUCGACCACGAGCGCAUUGUCGGCCUCAGUGAAUACACAGAGGGUGGCUGCGACUCGGAGGAGAAGCGCGCAGGAUGACACAUCUGCUACCUCAAAUAAUACAUUGGGAGUACCUUCCAGCCCUCGACACCGCAGGACUCGUUCAGCAGGUGCAGGAGCUAUCGCGGAUCCUCCUCCACCAUACUCGAGGGCUCCUCCGCGUGGCCAGCAAACCGUAGCAUCUCCAACAACGACCAGCCCUAAUAACGGUUUAGGUUCUACUCACACUCGAGUACUGGAUCCCCGUAUCUUUGAAACACUUCCACCCAUCCCCGCUGCAUCAGGCUCGUCAAGCAAUGCACAACGAACCAGUUCCCGGCAUACCCCUCGCUCCAAUAGUUAUUUAAGGGCUCCAAUGAGACGGGAGACUGCUGAGAAUGCCCUCGAAAUUUUGCGUAAAUUUGACACCAUCAUCAUCGUGGAUGAUUCCAAGUCGAUGAGCGGUCCGCUAUGGAAGGAGGCGAGUAAUGCCCUUGCUGCUCUGGCGCAAACUGCCGGCGAUUACGAUACUGAUGGCAUCGACGUGCAUUUCUUGAAUGAUGAACGAGUUGGUCGUGGACUAAAGAACGCCAGUGACGUAAAACGACUAUUCAACAGUAUCCGGCCAGGCGGAAUCUCCCUAAUAGGUGAAAAGCUCGAGGAGUUAUUGCUCCAAUAUCUCGAUAUGAUUGAGGCCGCCAAAGAUUCUGGAGAUUCAAUCGCUUUGAAAGCUAUCAAACCAACCAACUUUAUCGUAAUCACUGAUGGCGUACCUACUGAUGAUCCUGAAAGUGUUAUCGUAAACGCAGCAAAACGACUGGACGCACGGAGCUUUCCUCUUUCUCAGCUCGGGAUACAGUUUGUGCAGAUUGGCCAAUCCCCGAAAGCGACUGAGUUCCUUGAAGAACUUGAUAACGGACUAGCAGCCACGCAUGGGAUCCGUGAUAUUGUAGAUACCACUCCAUUCAUUGGUGGUGACCUGACUUCGGAAGUAUUAACGAAGAUCCUACUUGGUGGCAUCAAUCGCCGUGUUGAUACCAAAGGUGCUGGCGCGGUGAUGUAG